AUGAAUCCUGAAUAUGAUUACCUGUUCAAGCUGCUUCUGAUUGGCGACUCUGGCGUCGGUAAAUCAUGCCUUCUCCUGCGAUUUGCGGAUGACACCUACACUGAAAGCUACAUCAGCACCAUUGGGGUUGACUUCAAGAUCAGGACCAUCGAAAUGGACGGGAAGACUGUCAAACUGCAAAUUUGGGACACUGCUGGUCAGGAAAGAUUCCGGACUAUAACUUCCAGCUAUUACAGGGGAGCCCACGGAAUCAUCAUCGUAUAUGAUGUCACUGAACAGGAGUCUUUCAAUAAUGUCAAACAAUGGCUGGAGGAGAUUGACCGCUAUGCGUGUGAAAACGUCUCGAAGCUUCUGGUGGGCAACAAAAGUGAUCUGGUCUCCAAAAAGGUGGUGGAUUUCACCACGGCACAGGAAUUUGCCACCCCUCUCAAAAUCCCCUUCCUUGAAACUAGUGCAAAAAAUGCCACCAAUGUGGAGAAGGCCUUUUUAACAAUGGCUGCUGAAAUACAGAAGCGGAUUGCAGCAGACAAUGUCCAGAAUGAGACUGUUAAAGUGGGGUCAAAAAUAAACAGUGCCCCUUUGUGGCCUGGAGGAGAAAAGGCAGCAGCUGAAGAGGUCAACUCUUGCUGUUAG